GGCGCUUUGAAAAUGGACGGAAAUAAGUUUAGUAUUACAUUAAGGAAGAUUAUUUUGACGCAUUAGCUCACUGGUAUUAUUAUAAUCAAUUCUUGGAGUAUGUUGUAAGAUAAUUUUUAUUAGGUCAAAUAAGUUAUCUUAUAAGCCGAAGUCAUUCUCGAUACUUCAGUCCACAGAAAAUUAUCACAAGACGUGACACGAACAGAGACAUUUCACAAAAUGAAAUUAACAAUCGCCAUUUUAUUUUGUGUUGUUUUAAGUUUGCAAUAUAGUGCUGAUGGAAUCCCGCAGACUUUUCUAAACGACUAUCGUCAAAGAGUGCAUAAUUCACUAAGCAAAGUUCGUCAGAACUUGAAUUCUCUGUUUCCUGGUGAAAACAAAAAGGCGCAGCAGAAUAACGAUGCGGCUUCAAGCAUUGUCUUUCGUGAGGAGAAGUCUGAGGAAGAUUUUGCAGCAGCAGCGGCAGCAGCCAGAAAGCCAGUGGAAGUGACUACGCCACCUACUGUACCUACAACUGUUGCUACUACGGUUAAGCCUGUAGAAACCACUACUAAGAAUGCAACUGAUGGUGAUGACAAAGGACGAGAAAAUUUCGCGGCUGGAUGUGCAACUGGCUACCAGCGCACUGCCGACGGAAGAUGCAAACCCACCUUUGGAUAAUCUACAUUUAAUUUGUGUUUUUCCUGCUAAUUUUAUAUCUAUAUUUAUUUUACCGCUAUAAUUUUGCAGAAUUUAAUAUUUAACAGUGAUUUUAAAUGUAAAUAUGUAUCUAAAAGUGCAUUAUGUUCGAAUUUUUCUAGUAGAUUUGUUUAUAAUUUUGGCAUACGAAAAAGUGUUACAAUUUUGUCAUUUAUUUUUAUUAAAAAGUGAAAUAAUGUACGGGAUAACAUUAAAAUGUUAAGUAUACUUUUUAAAUUUGUUUAAA